GCAACUUCGCAUGUGACAAAGCUCUCGGAUUUACUUUGGAUUAUUGAUCAACGCGGCACAUACGUUUAAUAAUAGAGCAAUUGGACGAAAUACAUAGACGUGUUAUGGGAAUUAUAACUAUAGAAGUUAUGUGCGGAAGAACAUGCCUCACGUCACUAUCAAUUAAAGAGCAAUAACAUGGCAUUCUUAAGAUAGUUUUUAUAACAAAAAAGGAAAGUACGAUCUAUUGGGCCGAAGCAAAGCUCACAGCUAGUAACUCAUUUGAAGAAUGCUGCUUUGUUUCUGCCCACCACCUCAUAGGAUAACAAAAAACAUUCAAGAGAUAAAUCUCGAUUUUAAAAACUGAGUUUUUAAAGCGAACGUUUCGCGAAUUUUCAAGCGACUAUGCGUUGUUGGACUGUCUACUAACAAUAAGAAGAUGUCUUUCUAAUAAGGAUAAUAUUUUAUCUAGAUUCAUACCAAAAUAUCGCAAUGGUGGACACGGACCCUCAGAUAAAAAGGCUGUUGUUGCCAACGGAGGAAACUUUGUUUGAACAAUUAUUAAGGAUUGGUCUUUAUCUAGGUGCUGUAUUUCAAAUUGUUUGCCUAUUGGCGAUAGUGGUAUAUCCAGCAGGCCCGUCGGAUGGAGUGACUGCUUUAAAGGAUGAUCCAAGUGACGUUGAGUGCUCUGAAAAUAGUCCUCAAGUAACCCCUAGGCGUCCGCACCGCCUUCGAAAACAAGAGAAAAAAAAAAGACGUUGAACACAGCUAUAUGCUUUCCACUCUUUUAUACAUUCCUUCAUUAUCGCUCUCUGUUAGUCAUCGAAUUAUUCCUUAAUUUAACAAAAUUAGUAGCAGCAAAUCGCUGCAAAGUAUCUGUAGGCCAACAUUUGAUACCCAGAUCAUAUUUUAAGCCAAUAAGUAUUAUGCAUUUAAAAAAAGAAUUCUACUUUUACUUUAUUUUCAUUAGUGUAACUUUCUUAACGUAAGUUAUUUUAUAUGAUGAAAUAAAAACUAAUUGGUUAUAUAUUU